UAAGCAUCACAGUAUCUCCAAUAGCUCAAACAUGCAUCGUCAAGUCAUCGUUUUGUCAGUUCUUCUCGUAUCUGCUCUCUUAAUAUCAGCUGCAUUUGAUGGGCAAAAUGACUACAGGUCUAUGUUUAACAAAGGUAAACCUUCCAUCUACGACUUUGUUCCGAGGCUGGGACGGGAGUCCGGUGAAGAUAUGAACGCAUAUGUCAUCAAUUUGGGAGAUGCCAAAUGGCUUCAAGAUCCUGAAUCGAGUCCAGAAAUUAUUUUCCAACGCUCGGCAUUUUCACCUAGACUUGGCAAAAAAUCUUCAUUCUCUCCUCGCUUGGGACGUUAAUCUAUAAUGAUAUUACAUUAAUACUAUCAACUGAUA